AUGGACGACUUCGUCCGGAACCACGACCUCGUCGACGGCACGCUCCACCACGCCGUGGCCUACGUCGACCGUGUCCUGUCGGUGCGAGCCAUGAGGAAGCAUACCGACCACGAGCUCCGCCUCCUGGCUGCGCCAACAAUCUUCGUGUCCGCCAAGUACGAGGACGGCCAGCGCACCUUGGCGAAGCUGGACCCCGACAAGAUCUCCUGGUACGUCGGCGGGUCCGCCACGAGGGAGGAGGUGCUCGACGUGGAGCGCCGCAUGGUGGUGGCGCUCGGGUACCAGCUCGGCGGCCCCACGGCGCACACCUUCGUCAGCCGCUUCACCAAGCACGCCCAAGGAGAGGAGGAGCUGAAGAUCCAGCGAAUGGCGCAUCGGCUCGCCGACGAGUCCCUGCGCAACUACGCCUGCCUCGGGCACCUGCCAUCCGUCGUGGCGUCGUCUGCAAUCUUCCUGGCGAGGUCUGCGCUGCUCAACCUGCCGGACGUACCGGCGUGGAGCUCGGAGAUACAGGAGCUCACGGGGUACGACGUCACGAACUUGGCCGGAUGCCUGCAUGCUAUGCGCCCAGUCGCUCACUUGUGA